AUGAAUAACAUAUUCAGGAAAGUCCGUGAAAAAUCAUCUUCAUCUCGACCUUCUACACCACCACCCCAAGUCGACCGGGCUAUCGAAUCGGCCACCCAGAUCCUUGCCGCGGUAGGCUCGCCGCAUCCAAUCUUUCAACGCCCCACUUCGGAUAUUUCUCCAAGAGUUGAUGAUCCACCCCUGUCACCCGGACUUGUCAAUGUCACACCUUCCAAUCAACAUGCGCAAAGAAACUUUUGGAAGGAGGCCAUAGAAUCUUUAGCCAAUGAGUACAUAUGUGACGAUUGGCCGCCGAAGGAAUGGAAAGAUCUCGAGCACGACGGUCGAGGACUAUUGGAUGUAGUCGUGAACGCCAAGAAUAGGUGCCUAAAGAGUCAGUGGACGAUACAGAUUUCUGGAAGAACAAUCAAUUUGAGGGACUGUUUCACCAAGAUUGUCGAUUGGGUCCAAAUGUUUGCUGUAGUCGGCGAUGCUGCAGUGCAAUUUGAUACUGCACAUGCUGCUUUACCUUGGGCCGGCUUUCGAUUUCUCUUACAGGUAAAUUAUGAUGAUUCUUCGGACUGCCUCAUCGAAAUUGACUUUUGA